AUGCGGUGGCAACCGACCUCAUCAAGAGUCCACCUGAAAACCCCACCGCGCUUGCAAUCUUCCAAGCCUCCAAGCAUGUCACUGGCUGCUGUUGCCAUCGCUAUGGCCCUUGUCGCCUACUGCUGCACGGCAGGCCAUCCCGGCGCGGGGGAGGCGGCGGACACCGUCUCGGCGCGGCGGCCGCUGCGGGGCAACGAUACGGUGGUCUCGGCGCAGGGCAAGUUCGAGCUGGGCCUCUUCAGCCCCGGCAGCUCCGGCCGGUACUACCUCGGCAUCUGGUACAAGAACGUCCCCGUGCAGACCGCCAUCUGGGUCGGCAACCGUGAAAGUCCCCUGUCAGAUGUUGCCUCGGCUGAGCUCCGGGUGUCCUCCGACAGCGGCAACCUCGAGCUCGUCUGGCGGAGCCAAUCCUCUGCCUCGCCGGCCGUCGUGUGGUGGACCAACCUGUCGUCCUCGUCGGUGGCAUCGUCGCCGGGGUCAAACAUCGCGGUGAUGCGUGACAAUGGCAAUCUGGUUCUCCUCGACGGGGGCAACUCCUCCAACGUGCUGUGGCAGAGCUUCGACCACCCAACGGACACGCUGGUGCCGGAGGGGUGGCUCGGGGAGAACAAGCUCACCGGCGAGUACCAGGCGCUGACGUCGUGGCGCAACGCCGAGGACCCCGCGCCGGGGAUGUUCACGGAUACGGUGGACCGCAACGGCAGCAGCGAGUUCUUCUUCCUCUGGAACAGCUCCCGCGUGUACUGGCGCAGCGGCGUCUGGACAGGGCGCGUCUUCGCCAAUCUACCGGAGGCCGUCAACAACGUGCUCUUCAACCAGACGUACAUCGAGACGCCGGCGUACCGGCGCGUCACCAGCGUGCUCUACGACAACGCGACGAUCACGCGCAUGGUUCUCGACCUCACGGGCCAGACGAAGCAGUACAUCUGGGUAGCCGAAAGCCAGAGCUGGCAGUUCUUCUGGGCCGCGCCCACCGUUCAGUGCGACGUCUACGCGCUCUGCGGCGCCUUUGGCAUCUGCAACCAGAGGACCCAGCCGCCGUGUCAGUGCCCUCCCGGGUUCGCGCCCGCGACGGAGCGGGAUUGGGGCCUCAAAGAUUGGAGCGGCGGGUGCCACCGGAGCGCGCCGCUCCGGUGCGGAGGCAACGGGUCAACGGACGGAUUCCUGGAACUUCCGGACAUGAAGCUCCCGGACGACUCGUUCUCUGUGAGCGCCCAGAGCAGAGCAGAGUGUGAGUCGGCUUGCUUAAAGAACUGCUCCUGCCAGGCUUACACAUUCUCCAGCGGUGGUGGCUGUGCCGUCUGGCACGACGGCUUCCAAAACCUCGAGCAGUUGUAUGGCGAUGCCGGGGGUUCGUCGUCGAGCCUGUACGUCCGGUUGUCAGAAUCUGAACUGCAACAUCUGCGCGGCGUGAAGGGGAAGAACAGGCGCCUGCUGUGGCUCGUUCUUGGCAUCGUUUUAGCUUGUCUUGCAGCAUUGGGUGCAUCGGCACUAGUAGCGUGGAUGCUUCUAUCUAGGAGGAAACGACUGGAGAAAAUGGAUAAUCAGAAGGGCUCCUCCUUGCAUGUUUACAGCUACAGGGAGCUCCGCGCCGCCACGAAGAACUUCUCCGAACGGCUGGGUGGCGGAGGCUUCGGCACGGUGUACCGCGGCGUUGUGAACGGGCACACCGAAGUGGCUGUCAAGAAACUAGAGGGCCUUCGGCAGGGCGACAAGCAGUUCCGGACGGAGGUGAACACUCUGGGGCUCAUCCAACACGUCAACCUCGUCCGGCUCGUCGGAUUCUGCUCGUCCGGCGACGAGAAGAUGCUCGUGUACGACUACAUGCCCAACGGCUCACUGGACUCCUACCUCUUCGGGAGCAAACCGUGCCCGAGCUGGCGCGACCGCUACGGCAUCAUGCUCGGCAUCGCUAGGGGGCUGGCCUACCUGCACGAGGGCUGCCGUGAGUGCAUCAUACACUGCGACAUCAAACCGGAGAACAUUCUGCUAGACAAGGACUUGUGCCCGAAGAUCGCUGACUUCGGGAUGGCGAAGCUGGUGGGGAGGGACUUCAGCCGGGUCUUGACGACGAUGCGGGGCACCAUAGGGUACCUCGCGCCCGAGUGGAUCUCCGGGCUGCCAAUCAGCGCCAAGGCCGAUGUGUACAGCUUCGGGAUGGUGCUCUUCGAGCUCAUCUCAGGGCUCCGCAACGCCGAGGGUUACGACGGCGAUGGUGAGGCAGGGCAGCGUCGGUCCACGUUCUUCCCGGUCUGGGCCGCAGCGCGGGUGGUGGAAGGGGACACGGCCGCCGUGGCGGACCCGAGGCUGCGCGGCGACGUGGGCAAGGGGGAGCUGGAGCGUGCCUGCCGGGUGGCGUGCUGGUGCAUCCAGGAUCAGGAUGAUCACCGGCCGACCAUGGCGCAGGUCGUGCAGGCGCUGGAGGGCGUCGUCGACGUCUACGUGCCGCCGGUGCCCCGGGCACUCCAGCACCUCGCGACACUGACAUGAUGCGCUGUCGCGCGGCAAAUGUGUAUGACUAGUGCACAGCUGAAGCUGACAAAUUAAAUAAACAAUAUAAUUCUAUCAUUUUCUAGUGCCGACUCACUAUAUUAUA